GUGUGGUGUGUGCCGCUGCCUUUCCAGCUUCUAGCUUCUUCUGCCCGGCUUCUUCUCCUUCUUCCCACCGGCAAGUCUCCUCCCCCGGAUGAGCCAGGUGACGGACGCAUAUAUAGCCGCGUACUCAUUCAUCCACACCGCCUCCCCAUCCAAUUCCCUCGCUCCACCGCCGCUCCUUCUCGGCCCUUCCCCGCCCCCUCGCAUUGCAGGGAGGAGAGGACUCAAUCAAGAUGCCGACCAUCAUCAUCAAGGUGGACCUGGAUUGCGCCCGCUGCCACCGCAAGAUCGAGAGGGUGCUCGACAGGAUCAGAGAGAAGGGCGAGUUCGUGAUCGACGACAUCGAGUACGAUGAGAAGAACAACAAGGUGAUCGUGAAGGGCCCCUUCGACGCGGACAAGCUCUCCGACAAGCUCUGCUGCAAGGCCUGCAAGAUCAUCAAGGAGAUCGAGAUCGUGGAGCCGCCGCCGCCGCCGCCGCCGGAGGAGCCCAAGAAGGAGGUGCCCGCGCCCCCGCCGCCGGAGCCGGAGGUCGUGGUGCCGCCGCCGCCAGCGGUCGUGGAGGAGCCCAAGUGCCCCGAGCCGGCACCGGAGCCGCCCAAGGAGGAGCCGCCAAAGGAGGAGCCGCCCAAGGAGGAGCCGCCCAAGAAGGAGGAGCCCGCGCCCCCGCCGCCCAAGGUCGUGGAGGUGCCGUACCCGUGGCCGUACCCCUACCCGUACCCGGCGUGGCCGUCGGACUGCUGCUGCUGCCACGGCCACGGCCACGGCGGCUGCUCCUGCAAGGAAGAGCCGGCACCCGCGCCCGCGCCCGCGCCCCCGCCGCCCCAGUACAACAUCUACCCGCAGUACCCGCCGUACCCGCAGCAGCCGGCGUACCCGCCGUGCGGCGGCUACAAGAUCGUCUGCGAGGAGGACCCCUCCUACGCCUGCGCCAUCAUGUGAUCGAUCCAUCAGUACGCCGUACAGUACUCCGUUCCCACCACCAGCUCCGUCGGUUGCUACGCUGCCGCCAUUAAUCCGGCCGUCCCGUAUAAGCACCGUACAGAUACGAUGAACUCUUCGCGUACAUAUACACGCGCCACAUCACAUAUACACCUACUCUCUACUCCCUCACUGUUUAUUUCCCUGUGAUUAGUAGAAGCCAGAAUAAAAUACAUCACUACCCAAAUGCAUUCAUGUGGUACUGCGUAUACUACUACUACUAGUAGAAACUAAGGAGGAUCUGAGAUCGAUCGAUCAGUGUCUGCCGUCUCAUUCUCAGCGCCCCACUUUCAUCAAAUUAUUAGUAUGUGCUGCUGUGACAUCUUGUCACUUUAAAUUAUGUAUUCAUGUAUGUUGCACUCUGAUCUGAUGGGGUUGUGCCAGGCUUCACUAUCCUCA